ACGCAUCGCGAACGGACACAUGCCGCUUAUAUUUCAAUAUUUAGUAAGUUCCUUAUUUGAUGUGAAGUGGACUUGUUCAAUUUAACAACUUGUCGUCAGCUUUACGAUACGAUCGAACUAGAGGAUAAAUAUACAUGUAGAGAAAAUAGACAAACGUGUGCAAACGGAACAUUUAAUUAUUUUUAAUUAAUACCUUUUCUAAAUUUAUAUUAGCACGAAGAACAUGGAUAAUAAACACUUUUCUUUAAAAUAAAAUGAAAAUAUCACUUGUAUAUUUAAUAAUAUAAAAGAAACGUUACAUACAUAUGCACAUAUAGUUUGAUAUUAUAAUAAAGUGCACUUUAGAUAUAAACGCAACACACAUACGCUUCUUGAAACCUUUUCAAAGAAAUGGAACUAUAACUUUUAGUAAAACUAGACUGCACGUUUGUCAUUAUCAUGUUAUUUCUGACGUGUUCUUUUCAAUUAUAACCAGUAUUUGAAAGUCAUUUAUCGGCAAUUUUCUGAGGCAUACCGUAAAUACCGUUAUUUUCAUGACAGUGUCAGUGUGAUUGUACAUUUCUCAUUUGUUUUUAUUGAUACACAUUUAACGGUCAAUCUAAUUAAGUUACAACACUAUUGUAAAUGCAUCAGGUUUUUUCAAGACGAGAGAAAAAGCAAAUUUUAAGCAAAGUGAUUUAUAUCUAGGAGAGAACUUAUGAAACGGAUAUAUUAAGAGGAUAAGAACUCGUUUAGUGAAUUAACCGUGGUUGAAAUUCACGUAGUUUGAGAAAAUGUUACUCUCUUCAAAUUUUGAACCAACGAUAGAAAAUGCGCCGUGUCCGCCAUUUUUUGUUGAAAAUGUUUACGACAUCUUUAUAACUACAGCAGCAAAUAAUAAUCUCACUGACAAUGUGACAGAAGGGGUAUGGAACAAAUGCAUGCUUCAAUAUCCUUACCCUACAACCACCACUACAACAACGACACUAUCCACGACGUCAACGACAGAGCAGACGACAACAACAACGCCAAGGCAGACGACGACAACAACGCCAAGGCAGACGACGACAACAACACCGAAGCAGACGACAACAACAACACCGAGACAGACGACGACAACAACACCGAAACUGACAUCAACAACACCGAAACAAACGACAAUAAUCACAACUGAAGAGACGGAGACGACAACAACACCAAAGCAGACGACAACAACGACACAACAGCAGACAACAACUUCACAAAAACAAAUAACCACAAAAACAAAACAGACAAGUACUUCAACAACAAAACUAACGACAACAUCUGCGACCAAACAGACAUCAACGUCUACAAUAAAACCAACAACAUCAACACCCACAUCAACACACACAACAACAACUACAGAGCAGACGACAAGUCUUACUACCUCUUCAUCAGAGGCCGUAACAAGAAGUCCCGCUACACUUACAUUAUCAUCAAAAUGUGACACUGUUUGUCUGUCCUUGGCACUCAUGUUUUCUGUUUGUGUUUUAUUGGGAAUACUUAUUACUUUGAUAUAUUGCAACAUGAGACACCGACACCAAAAGCACGUGAUGAAACAUAGUAAAAGACCUAAAAGAAAGAUCUCUAACGGAAAAUACAUCCCGAAAUUUCCCAAGAUGAGCAAACAGGCAGAUUUGAAAAAGAGCCCUCUUGCUUUUAUUAACCCAUCAUUUCUUACUGAACACGAACAUAUGUCGGACCCCUUUGAUUAUUAUUCAGCCGAGUACCAGCCAAUUGAUAACAUGUAUCCCUGGAACCAUCCACAAAACGAUUUAUUUUUGGAGUAUAAUCAGCCUCACUAUGAGUUGAUUUUUAGUUCCGGUGGACGUCAAUUUCACGCUGACGAGAAACGGAAUCAUCAAUAUUCAAACAUAGGCGGGAAUCCAUCUCACGCCGAUGAAUUUGCCAAAAGGCGCUCUCGUCACCCGUCGAUUGGCAGUCAUGUACCAAAAAUGCUCCCAGAAUAUGCUGAGAUAUACCCAUUUGGUAUAGAAGUAUAUGAUACAAGUUCAAGGAAUAGUGGACUUCCUAAAAUAGAUCUUGACUACAAUAAUGCAGACGAGAAAAUAGACACUGUGAUAAGGGAGCACAAAUUACCAAGAAUUCCUUUCGAAAAUGAUUUUGUAUCAGAUUCUCCUUACAAAGGAACAGAUACGCGGCAAGAUCAUCCUGGUGAAAAGAAUGAAGAACACAAAAGAGGUAACGGUGCGUUUAUUCACGGUCUUCCAAGAAUACCAUUAGACUUGGAGCAAACAGGCGACGAAUUGCGUGAAAAGCCUUCAUGGCAAUUAGGUUUACCUAAGCCACAAAUAGACAAAAGGUAUAGUAGGGAAAUUGAACAUGAAGAAAAUUACAUCCGCCAUCCGAAGCAUGGCCUUCGAAGAACUCCGAUUGAACCGUCGGGGAUAGGACACUUUGAAUUAAAUAAACGAAACAGACGAGAAGAUGAUUUUGCUGAUCGUGAAAGACAAAACAAUGGGGAUAAUGAAAAAUUUAAAUCGAACACAUAUUCGCUUUAUCAAGGACGUAAAGAUGGCAAUGUUAGUAGAGUAAAUAAAUCAAAGAGUCGUCUUAAAGAAGGUGAUACUUCAGAUCAAUUAUUCACUUACUCGGUACCGUACACAAAACUUUAGAAUCGUCUUAUCUGAUUAAUAACAAAUUGUAGCAAACAGUUCAAAAUAUUCGAUUGUACACAAAAAGGACCUAGUACACAAUUAAGAUAAUUAUACACAAUUUAUGUUAUGUUAUUUUGUUAAAGUAUACAUGUAUAUUAAAACUAAAUGAAACAAUUGAUGUAUGAGUAUAAUCAUGUUAUAUUUAUAUUGUUCCUUUGUCAUACGGCAUUGUUCUGCGAUUAUGGUGUACAUGACUGCAGUAACACUUUAAUAUCCUGCCAAGGUUGCAUUCUUUUUUUGUUUUGUUUCCAAGGAAACGGCAACCGUUAUUGAAAAACGAUUUAAUCCACCUUGCGAUAUAAGCACAUGGUUUUAGCCGUGCCUCCGUUUUAUUUUGACAUAACUUAUUAAAAAAAAAACAACAAAAAAAAA